CGUAAUGACGUCAGAGAGUAACUUGCUAAUGGUCUCCUCUCUCUCAACUGCCAGCCUUGUCUUUUCUUUUGAAGGCGACAGUCAAGGGCGGCACACUCUUGAAAUCAGUGGAUUCUAAUGAGGAGCAAAAGAUAUUUCACGCUCAGACGGGGCUCGCGGAAUAUGAAACUCCUCUCCCGAAUUUAGAGUCGAAGGUUGGAAUUUCGUCGGAUUAUUCACAAUAAAGUUCUUUUCCACUUCUUGUCCGUUUGCUCUCAUAGGAUAUAAUGGGAAAUUUCAAUUGAAGAGCAAAUGAUAUGUGUUCGUGAUGAAGUACAAAACAAAUAAGGUCUUCAAAUAAAACAGUACUCUACCAUUGGAAAGUAUAUGACAUUGACUUGUAAAUCUUCAAUUCUGGUGCGAUCAAAGUCGCCAAUCAGCAAGGACGAAGUCGUCCUGUCCUUAUAUUAUAUUUGUUUACGGGAGGAGAAAUAUAAAGUGAUCUAUGACCAUACAUGCCAUGAUUACGUUAGUUCUGAUGGCGUAGGCUGCGGAAACAGACCAGAAAGAGGGUUUUCUCGUUAUGCCAGUAAUUCACCAGACGGAUUUGGGAAAACCGAGCGCGAUAGAAGCGAUGGAGGCAUCGGAUAACUGUACGGGGAACCAAAGUUCGUGUCCGGACCAUGGAAUAGAAAUGGACGAUGUUCACAUGAUAGAGAUAGUGGUCCUAUCCGUAUUGUUCAUCAUCAUAGGAGUAGUAGGCCUUGUGGGGAAUAUCCUUGUCGUCGUGGCCAUUCUUGGGGACAAGAAAAUGCGCAGUUCCGCCACGAAUCUGUUCAUCACGAAUCUUGCCUUUGCGGACUUGAUGCUGAUGGUGUUUACGAUCCCGGAGAUACUCAUGUUUUUGAUAAACAAGGGCUGGCUGCUGGGCGUUCCCAUGUGUAAGAUAGAACGAUUCAUACUGGUGUUCUCCGUUUACGGAUCCGUGCUUACAUUGGUCUCAGUCUGUGGAGAAAGGUACGUCGCCAUCGUUCAUCCUAUUAAAGCGCACAUCUUCUGUAGCCGGCGUCGGAUCGUCUGGGCAAUCACGGUCAUCUGGCCCUUCUCUUGGCUCUGCGCACUUCCCGUGCCAAUCUUCAACCUCGUCUCACGACCAAAGCCAAAUUACCCCAUGGAGUUCUGCACGAUCCGUUUUCCCGGCAACCACAUCCAAUAUCUGAUUCCAUGGAAGUACACCGAGUCCGUCUUAUACUAUUUCAUUCCAAUGUUUGUCCAGAUCUUCUUUUACACGUUCAUUUGCAAGCGAUUAUUCCACGGGACUGGGGAAUUACAUCGAAAGCAACUCGUGACCGAUGAGAGUACAGGGGUGAAAAAGGAAAGGACCGCAGACGCCUUGAAGGCAAGAAAAAGUGUUGUGAAAAUGCUUAUAGCCAGUGUUAUUAUAUAUUUCAUCAGUUACUCGCCUCAUCAGGUCUUGCUAAUUUAUAAUACGUUCGCACCAAGCCCGUUUCACCAGAAAUGGAUUAUGUACGUCUUCGUCACAAUGAUGACGUUCAUCAACUCUGCAGCCAACCCUAUCCUUUACUGUAUAUUCAGCCAAAACUUUAGGAAGAAAUUCUACGGUAUACUCUGCCGUCGACAGUUAGGAAACCGCCAGGCGUUCUAUAGUCGGGGACGGUCGAACAUGCAUUCCACUGUUGUUAGCGAAUGUGGCAGUACUACUAGACACUACAGAUUACAGUUGAAAAACUCUGCCACGACGGGAAUUUAGCGAUGGUGAACAUAUUCUAUUAAUUGAAAGACUUUUAAGUGUGUUUUACGCCAAAUGCAAUUCAGACCGCCAUGGAUACAUGUAUGUCUGACGCACAUCCGAAACAGAACGCCUUAUUUCAAGAAACGUGUCGAUUUGUCUUUCAGCAUUCCCAUACGAUGAGAGGAAACACUCAGAAACGGAAAAACCCAGAAACGUUACUAAUGGCAAAAAACCGCAAUGAGAGUAAUCGAAAGUUCAUUUGAACUGUCAAUUUCAAUGCUCCUCACUGCAUGACUUAUUUGCCGCUUCAACCUUCAGGGGCUGUUUAUUUCUA